UAGAUUACUAUGUGACUCUACAGUCUGGUUGUAUUUAACGUGCCACAGGCGCAGCUCAAGGGGAAUCUCAACUCUUAUUUAGCUCACAGCCAUUGGACAAUGUUAAGAUUAACAAAACCAAGUCAAACAGGCGGCGAUCUGAUCAGCACUUUUCUACCCCGGGGAUCUCUUUCAGCAGACCCAAACUCUAUUGAAAGGACCACCAGUUGCACAACCUUGAGCGGACUGGCUUCCAUGUUUCAGUGAGCUGCUAACUAGAAGUUUCUGCGAAGAAAGUUUUUCUUGUUCAUCUUCGUGGUAGGAAUUGGAGGGAGUUUCCAAUUUGGAUUCAACAUAUCUGCAAUAAAUACACCAUCAGAGUUCAUUAAGAACUUCAUCAAUGAAACGUGGAUUCAUCGAUAUGAAACUCCUCUGCAGGAAUACUCACUGAUGCUCCUUUGGUCCUUCAUUGUAUCCGUGUACCCGGUUGGAGGGCUGAUCGGAGGACAGGCUGCUGCAGUUUUAACUGUGAAGUAUGGAAGGAAGAAAUGCCUGCUGUGUAAUAACAUUGUGGCAAUUGGAUCUGCACUAAUAAUGGGAUUUAGCAAGAUGUCAAGGUCAUUUGAGAUGAUUGUGGUGGGAAGAUUCCUGUAUGGAAUUAGCACAGGCCUUGGAUUGGUUGCUCAUGGCUUGUACCUGGGAGAAACAGCGCCGAAGGAAAUGCGAGGGGCGGUGUGUCUGACCCGUGCCGUAUUUAAUGCCAUUGGGAAGUCGAUGGGAUUGAUAAUUGGGGCCAGGAUAUUUCUAGGUGAUGAAAACAAGUGGCAUUUAUUAUUGGCCUUCAGUGGGUUACCUGCCUUAAUUCAACUCAUCAUCCUCCCCUGGUUUCCGGAAAGCCCCAGGUAUCUACUCAUGGAGAAAGGAAGCAGAGCUCUCUGCAUUGAUGCUCUGCAAAGACUAUGGGGUCCGGGUGAUUACACAGAAGAGGUUGAUGAAAUGAUGGCAGAACUGGCUCAAAUGCAAGGGGCUACCAAAAUCAAUAUUAUACAGCUGUUCAGUGACAAAACGAUACGGUGUCAGCUUUUAACCGGCGUGGUUGUCAGCGCAGGGAUGCAGCUCAGCGGUGUCAACAUUAUCUAUUUUUACGCAAACGAUGUUUACCAGCAGUUGGGAUUUACCAAGGACAAGAUUCUGUACUUGGGAAUAGGAGCAAGUGGAAUUGAAAUAUUCACUUCAGUGAUCUGUGGAUUCAUUAUUGAUCGAGUGGGCAGAAAGGUUCUGCUCUGGAGAGGGUACUCCUUCAUGGCACUGUGGAUGUUACUACUGAUUGUUACACUCUGUCUGAAGGAAUAUUUCAACUGGAUUCCAUAUUGCAGCCUGGUCUUGAUCUUUGCUUACAUCUUCACUUUUGGGAUAGGUCCAGGCAGCGUGAGCGGAGUCUUGCCUUUGGAAAUAUUUACUCAGUCUAACCGAAGCAUUGCCUUGGUGGCAGCCAACAGCCUGCAGUGGCUGUCUCUCUUCGUCCUGGGACUAGUGUUCCCUUUUGUUGUUGAUGCUUUGGGUCCAUUCUCCUUCUUCCUGUUCUUUGGGAGCUGCACCUUUGCCUCACUUUUCAUGUUUUACAUCCUCCCCGAGACAAAAGGGAAAACACUUCUUCAAAUCAAUGAGGAGUUUAGCAAGCUACGCGAGGCGAAGACAACAAUGUGCCCAAGUCUCUGUAAGGAGCCUGUUCCAAGCCAGACAGUGGUCAUAUCUACAAUACUGUGAUCAAAUGGGAGAACAAAGUAAAUCACCCUGGACUUCUUCCAGACUGGACCAAAACUCAACGCCCCAGAAGCAUCCCUCACAUUUAGCUAGUCUCCUAUCAAGACGAGACUCGGUUGAAAGGUCCUCUUCAAUAUUACAGGUUAAAUGUUCAUCUUAAGGUCAUAACUACAUCGAAGGUAAUAAAUAAAAAUAACUUGUAUUUACUGAAGUGUGACCCAC